GAACGGGAAUUCACAGCCACUCCCCCAUACACACGCAACCAAACAUCAGAAUCGACAAGGGAGCCAGAAAAAUGGUUCUAAAGAAAAGUUUCCGCGUCCUGAGGCGCUACAAGCCCCGCUCCGUGCUCCUGGAGUCGAAGGAGAUCGAGGGAGAGACGCUACUGUUCGAGUCCAACACCAUAGCCACGCUGACUCCUGCCGAGGCGGAGAUGGUCCGCAGAGACUACGGCGAGGCCCUGGCCGCCUACUGUUGUCUGGGGGUCCUGCAGGUGGCGCAGGGAGACGCCGUUUACCACUACCUGGUCCUAGUCACCGACUGUCAGUCCGUGGGAAAGGUUAGGGACGUGGAGGUGUUCCGGAUCACGCAGACUACGUUUGCACCGUUCAGCAGUCGUGCAAACCUGGAGCUGGUGCAGGAGGUUGGGAAACUGCUGGCCAGCGGGCAGUUCUUCUUCACCUGGCCGUCGUACGGAGCACAGUUCGACCUCCUCUCCUGCUCCCAGAAGCAGGGCAAAGAGCAGCGGCAGUUUUUCUGGAACAGAGCUCUCUAUUCGUACAUGAGAAGGUUUGGAGUGGACUGCAGGAAGUGGCUGGUGCGAGUCAUGUGCGGGAGUGUGGAGAUUCAGACCGUGUAUGCUGGAGAGAAACAGGCCAAGGCUUGUCUCUUCUCCAGACUCAGCUGCGAACGAGCAGGCACCAGACUGACCACCAGAGGAACAGAUGACAGUGGUCAUGUCGGAAACUUUGUGGAGACGGAGCAAGCCAUCUUUGUCGACUCGAACGUCGCCUCGUUUGUCCAAAUCAGAGGAGGGGUUCCCCUAUUCUGGGAACAGCCGGGGCUGCAAACAAGUGGAGGGAUGAUAAAGAUAAAGUUUUCCCGCGGUCCGGUCUGCUCGACUCCUGCGUUUGAGCGUCAUUUCGAGUGGUGUCUGUUGCACUACGGCCCGGUGAUGUGUGUGAAUCUCCUGGGCACCAGAAACCAGGAGCAGAUGCUCAGCAAGGCCUACUGCGAACAGUUCCAGCAUCUGAGUUCUGCGUACUGUGCUGAGAUGGCAUGUUUUGACUAUCACAAGUUCUGCAAAGGACAGAGCACCCUGGCCAACCUGGAGGGAAUCUUCUUCCCCCUGGUUAACACCUUCUUCUCCACUCAUGGAUUCUUUGCCCAGACAAACGCCGAGACACAGAGGCGACAGACUGGGAUGAUUCGGACCAACUGUCUUGACUGUUUGGACCGCAGCAACUCAGUGCAGACGUUUCUGGGGCUCCAGGUUAUGAGCCAGCUGAUGUCUGAUCUCGGUCUCCAGACCAAACCGUCGGUCGUGUCCCGGUUCCAGGCCACAUUCAAACAGGCCUGGGUACGGAACGGAGACAACAUCAGUCUGCUGUACGCCGGGACCCGAGCCAUGGGGCGCACAGAGGGGAAAGGGUUAAAACUGAAGGACGGCGCCCGUUCGGUGCAGCGAACCAUCCUCAAUAACUUCCUCGACAAGUCAAAGAACGAGGCAAUGGAGAUGUUGCUGUCUUGUAAUGCUCGCUCGGGAGAACUGGGACAGAAGGCUGUUGCCCUGUUGGACAGGGCAGAUGUACUAGCUCCGCUCAACUUCAAGCAGGCGAUGUUGGAGCGAUGGAGUGAGUACACCAUUCCCGAGAAACUGAGGGUUUGCAUCGGGACUUGGAACGUGAACGGAGGCAAACACAUUCACAGCAUCGCACUCCGGAACCAGAGCAUGCACGACUGGCUCCUGGAUGCCCCAUUCAUCGCCGGUGCCGUCAAGGAACAUCCUGAGGAGUUUGCAGAGCCUCCCGACAUCUUUGCCCUGGGAUUCCAAGAGCUUGUUGGGCUCACCGCCUCCAACAUUGUCUCUGCCAGCUCCACCAAUAGGAAGGAGUGGGCGAUGGAGCUGCAGAAGGUGUUGUCGAGGGACACCAGAUAUGAGCUACUGACAGCCGAACAGAUGGUCGGGAUCUGCCUCUACAUCUUUAUCAGACCCAAACUCAUCCCCUUCAUCAGGGAUGUGGCCGUGUCGACGGUGAAGACAGGAAUGUCGGGGAAAGCCGGGAACAAAGGGGGUGUGGUCGUACGAUUUCUUCUUCACUCCACUUCUCUCUGUUUUGUCUGCUCUCACCUGGCGGCACACCAGACCAAGGUCACGGAACGGAAUCAGGACGUCCACGACAUCUGCACCAAGGUCCAAUUCCCACACGGUCAGACUCUGGAGUCACAUGACUACGUGUUUUGGUGCGGGGACCUCAACUAUAGGAUCGACCUUCCGACCAAUGUGGCCAAGGAGCACAUCGUGGGGAGGAGAUGGGAGAGCUUGGUCCUGCAAGACCAGCUCACAAAACAGAGGAAAUUGAAGAAGGUGUUCAGAGGUUUUGUAGAGGGAGCUAUGACCUUUGCCCCCACCUACAAGUACGAUCAGUUCUCCGAUGAUUACGACACAAGCGAGAAAUGUCGGACCCCUGCCUGGUGUGAUCGGAUUCUGUGGAGGAGAAAACCCCUCGUGGCCGACCCAUCCACGAAUGGGAUGACCAGCAACACGUCCCAAACAUCGAUGGCAUCUGAAGACAAUCUUGAAGUUGAAGGAAGAGAAGAGUCCCCAUCUCCCACCACUCUCUGGGACUUUGGUCUACACCGCAGCGAUGCUGGGAAGGUCUACCGGAGGGAGAUGGAGGGAGGAGGAGGAGGUGAACUGGUGAAUACGGGCCAUCCCUGGCACCCGGGACGUCUUCUCUUCUACGGCAGAGCCGAGUUGAAACAGUCAGACCACCGUCCUGUCGUCUCCCAUCUCGAGGUGGACAUGUACCGAGUGGACAGGGUGAAGAGAGGGGCGGUGAGGAAGGAGGUGGGGCUGUUAUUGGGACCGUCUGAUCCAACCAUUGUAGUCAGCGAGCCGGAGGGAGACACUGUUGAUAUGACAGCUCUGGUCGACUCUGUCAAGAAAUAUGGAGAAGUCGUUCUUGUCAGAGCUACUGAGGAGAAUAUUUUGGUGACCUUCAAGAAUUCUCAGUCAGCAAUGGCAGCCACUGCCCUCAAUGGGGACAGAGUAGAAGGGGUUAAAGUUGAAGUCAGUCUUCGAACUCCGUGGCUAUUACUAGACGAAAACAAGGGGGCCGAGGGAGAUUCGGGGGGCCCAGAGACCUCCGAAACUCCCCCAGGGGGCGUGGUUUCGAGGAAACCUCAGAGGGACAAGGAACUGCUGAGGAAACGACUGUCGUUGCUAGCGGUAACACCGGAUGGUGGGUGUGACCAGGAAAUGGGGUCAGAGGUAAACGAUGAUGAGCUUCUGGAGUUCAGUUUUACAGGGGAAGCCCCUCCCAUGAGUUCAGAAGAGUUGGGGGAAGGGGUGGAGGAAGAAUAUGGUGACGAGAAUGGAAUGGAACCAGAGAGUGACGAAGCUGGUGGAAUGGAACCGGACCAGGAGGAGGGGGUGGAGUCAUAUUCUUCUUCGUCAUUGUCAGAUGUGGAGGAGGAGAUGGGGGCGGAGGGAGGGAGGGAGGAGGAAGAGGAGAGGCCUGUCACUGUGAAGAUCAACUCCCCGCCUCCUGAACCAGCAGACCCCCCAUCUACCACUAGUUCUCCAUCUUCUGAACAGAAGCCAGUCCCUAGACCUCGCUCCCACUCCUCCCGGUCCCCCAUUCCAAGCCCCGCCCACAGCCCCACCCCCCCAGAGACAGGUUGCCACAGAGACCCCAAGUUCAGUGAGCGACAAACCAGCUGUCCCCCAGCGACCCUCCAGACCCCCUGUCCCCCAGAGACCACACCCACCAGCCACGCCAACCAGGAGAGCUCCGCCCAGUCGUCCAGCCAGACCUCCCAACAGACCUCCACCUCCUCACUAGUAGCGAGAGACUUUCACUCUCACAAAUCAACAACCUGUUUAUUUAUGCCAGUCAUUGAAUGAUGAUGUUGCUGCUAUUUUUUUUUGCUAUUUUUCUAUUUUUCGGGCAUUGAAAGUGAGAAGUGAUGAUUUUUCAUACAUUACACCGAUAUAAUUAUACUAGGCUACGUUUUAGUUCUUCGUUUCUGCCAUAUCUGGUAUUUGUGCAGAGCGGUGUGUAUGCAGGAGAGGAGAUGGGACGUGAUUUGAGAGUCAGGUAGAGAGGAAUCAGCUGACGGGGCUCCCAGUUUCUCGGAAUAGUCUCUGAGGCAGCUGGACAUCCUCUGGGCCUGAGGCAAGAAGCAUUGAAAAUACUG